AUGCUCAAAUUAUCAAACACAUGCAGUUCUACCUGCAAAGACUUCCCUAAAGAAAUUCCCUCGUAUGGGGAUAUAGGAGGAAUUGGUGUGACAUUAGCUUUUGUCCUUACGGCGUGGAUGGUGGUCGUUGUUCUCGUCGGAUACUAUCUCAAAGUCUAUGAUCCUAGAUUAGACCCUUUUCGAAAAGAGGGCACGCAAAAGGCCACGAAGUAUCCAAACUCGAUCGACUUUGCGGUUCACGAAAUCCUCCAGAGUCUCCCUUGGCCUAAGCAUGAUUCCAAAUAUAUUUCGGCUCGGUCUUCCAGACUCGGGACCGUCCUGAACGCUUGCGUCCUCAUGUUCGCUGAUGUCCAGAUCUUCACAUCUAGCCAUGUGUAUAAUCCAAGUCAUGCUAUCGGUGGCGGUUCGGGACUGUCGAUGACUUUUGAUGGAGAUCCAUGGCUCGACUCUCAGGGUGGACGUCCUGCUAUCUGCUAUUUUAAAGAGCGGAUAGAUACGACCUCUAUUGCUUUUCAAUCAGCCAUCAAGUUUAUCAUUCUUAUCGUAUGGGGUCUCGCUAUUCGUAUUGCGAAGACUUUUGAGGGACUUGAAGGCGGGUUGCGUAGAAUUGCAUCGCUUCUGGAAGAAAUGGUAAAUUUGGACAGGAGACUUUAUCUAGACUCUACAGGAAGACGAUUGGGCUCCACGCCUCGCGCCUGGAGACAGUUGUUCGUUCCUUUCUGGAUUGGGUAUCUCUCAGUCAUAAGUAUUCAGCUGAGUCUUUUUACUUCGCUUCUCGCCGAGGUCUAUUGGUUAUUCUUUACCAUCAUUUGGAUUACAACACGACUCGUCAAACUCCGCGUUCCCAGCAAUCAAGACGACAGCAAAUGGACGUUUGGUCAAGUUCUUCCUAUCAUUCUUCUCAUUGCGCCUCUUGCCCUAGCAAUCGAAGCCUUCUAUUCGUCACCAAAGGCCCAUGAGCCUAUUAAUGACCAACAAGAGAUAUCUGGGAGCAACUCAGACAUCAGAGAACUGUAUCAUAUCCACAGCCCAGCAUAUCGGGGUGCAUUCUUCCUGGCGGUUCUGUCAUACAUCGAGAUUGCGGUCUAUUUCGUUCUCGACCAAGCAGAAACGCAAGGCAUUGCUACUCCUCUCUUUCAGAUCUUGACUUCGAUUUUUGUUCUCCAGCCCACGCUGCAGGCCUCUUGGUCCAUCUGCAAUCUAUGGCUUGACAAGAUGACUUGGAACAUUGUAUUGAAGCGCUCAAUUCGCGAUGUCGUUCUACUCGUAUACUCUGCUACCUCGCUUGCCGGAAACUUCACAUCCUCGAAAGCACCACAUAUCGGAAGCUAA